AUGGACAAAUUUGUUAAUCUCCCUCGUGGGUAUGGAUACAUCGAGUUCAAGAAGAGGACUGAUGCUGAGAAGGCUCUUCUUUACAUGGAUGGUGGUCAAAUUGAUGGAAAUGUUGUCAAGUUGAAGUUCACACUGCCACCACGCCAAAGGGCUUCUUCACCUUUAAAGCCACCUCCUCCUCCCCCCAAAAGAGAUGCUCCUCCGAAUGAUAAAGUUGCUAUUGGUGCUGAAAAGGAUGCUCAGCAGCGGCCUGGGGGAUCAGCAUCUCCACGAAAGAAGCCAGCUUCUCCGCCGCGAAAGAGGUCUCCUCCAAAUAGAAGGGCUGAGUCACCCCGGCGUCCACCCAAUCCAUCUCCAAGGCGUCGUGCUGAUUCUCCUAUUCGUCGUCGACCAGAUCUUUCCCCUGUUAGGCGUGGUGAUAGAAGACCAGGAUCUCCAAUUAGAAGACGUUCUCCUUCACCUAGAAGGCAUAGGUCACCAAUGCGCUUAUCACCGCGCAGACGCUCCCCGGGGCCUCCUAGGCGCUCACCUGGGCCUCCCAGACGCAGAUCACCACCACCAAGGAGGUUGAGGAGUCCUCCAAGAAGGCCACCACCACCACCUCCGCGUCGUCACAGCCGCUCCCCUCCUCCUCGCCGCCCUCUUCACUCCCGCUCCAGAUCAAUUUCUCCACGCAGGGGCCGGGGACCACCAUUGAGGCGUGGAAGGUCAGAUUCAUCCUAUUCUGCAUCACCCAGUCCUCCAAGAAAGGGACCGAGAAGGGUGUCAAGGAGCCGCAGCCCUAGAAGGCCUCCCAGAGGAAGGAGUGGCUCUAGCGACAGCGGGAGCAGCAGCUCUUCCCCAACCCCAAGGCGCAGGUAG